AUGAACAAGAGUGUAGAGUCUGUUCAUCGUGGGGGUGGAAAGGAUGUGUCACCUUUCAGUGAAAAAGAACUAGAGCACGGAAAGCACGAGGAAACGACUGAGACCACAGAGGUGUCAAACGAAACGAAGAAGGCUGAUGUCACAUUUCCGGACGGUGGUCUGGGGGCCUGGGUGGUGGUCCUGGGUGUAUUCCUAACUCAGUUUGCGACGUUCGGAUACACAAAUGCUUACGGAGUAUACAACGACUUCUACGUACGUGAAUAUCUCGUCAAUACGAGCACAUCCUCGCAAAUCAGUUGGAUAGGGAGCGUACAACUUUUCCUCGUUCUCUCUGUCGGCCUUAUUUCCGGGAGAGGUUUUGACUCUGGCUACUUCUAUCAUCUUAUGAUUGCUGGAGCGGCGCUGUUCGUAUUUUCUUUGCUCAUGAUAUCAAUAACACAAGCAGAGAAGUACUACCAGCUGUUCCUUGCUCAAGGCUUAGGUCUCGGGAUAUCCGUCGGCAUCAUGUACAUACCCGCCCUCGGCAUCGUCUCGCAUUACUUUCAGAAAAGACGAGCCCUUGCACUGGGAAUCGCAACAUCUGGCUCGGCUUUUGGCGGUGCCAUCCAUCCUAUCAUGCUCAACGCCUGGUUCCACGGCUCUCUCGGGUUCCAUUCUGGCGUGAAAGCCAGUGCAGGUCUCACAGGUGGUCUGUUGAUCAUCGCUAUUCUCCUCAUGAAGCCACGGUAUCCGCCCAACGCAAAGAAGGCGGGCAGCACCCUCAAGCUCGUCCGUCACUUCUUGGGAGACCUACCUUAUGUCAUUCUCAUCCUUGGAACGGCGCUCGUUCUUGCUGGUCUUUACUACCCAAUAUUCUUCGUGCAGUUGAAUGCCAUAAAAAACGGGAUCAGCUCCGGUCUCGCGUUCUACAUGAUCGCCAUCCUGAACGGUGCAAGCGUCGUCGGCCGUGUCGCCCCGAAUAUGUUGGUGUACAGGUUCGGUGCCUUCAAUGUGAUCAUUCCGUGCGUCUUUGUGGCGUCUAUCCUCGUCUUCUGCACGCUUGCAGUGACAAACGCUCCCGGAACGAUCAUCUUCGCCGUUUUGUAUGGAUUCUUCUCUGGAGCCUAUAUUGGCCUACUUGCCCCAAUGAUCGCCUCAGUGGCGGAGAGCGACUCUGAAAUCGGCGCUCGUUUCGGCGUGUGCUUCACAUUCACAGGUCUUGGAGGUCUCAUCGGAAUGCCAAUUGCCGGAGCGCUUCUGUCUUCCAACUUCAUAUGGUGGCGGCCGAUUCUUUUCUCCGGCUUAUGCGUAUGCUGCGGGGGUUUAUGCUUCACGACAUCCCGCUUCUUUAUUUCAAGGAAGAAAGGCACUCAACUACUUUAG